GCUGGUCUCCAGACCGGAGCAGCUUCUUCCUCCGGUUCCUGAUACUAUAGAUAUACGCGCAUCCAGCCACUGGCCUUCUCCCACCACCACGGCACCACCGCCACCGCCACCGCCACCGCCAUAGCUUCUCUGCUGCUGCUAGCUUAGCAUCAGACACCCCAAGCUUUCAUCGGCUUCUAGCUACUUCUCGUUUGCCUGCGGCGGCGUGUGCUUGUGAGAGAGACCGGAGCAGAGAAGCCAUGGAGCACAAGGCGAGGCGGCGGCACGUGCCGGCGUUCGGGGAGUGGAAUUACUACUACUACUCCUCGUCCCCGGAGGAGCCGCAGCUGCCGUACUCCGGCGCCCCCGCGGCGGCGGGGGACUCCGCCUGGUGGUACGCGGCGGCGGAGCCGGAGGCCUGCAGCGACGCCUGGUUCCGGUACUCGCCGCCCCCGCGCAGGCCGCCGGCGCCCAAGAAGGCGCGGAGGCCGGUGACGGCCCCGGCGCCGGCUGAGCAGAAGCUGCCGGCGUGCUGCAACUACAGCAACGGCGCCGGGAACGGGGGCGUACCGGCGACGGAGGCAAGGGCGAGGGCGUCCCGCGCCGUGGCGGCGCCGGCCAAGGGCGCCGCCCGCAGGGUGGUGAGGCCCGUCGACGCCGACCUGUACCGGGUGCCGCCGCCGGACGACACCGCCGUCUCCAGCCGGCCGAGACGGAAGAGGGCGGCGAGGAGCCUCUGGAUGGGUUGCUUGGGCGGCUUCAACUGCGUCGCCUGAACCUGAAGAAACACCAAUGGCGUCGCCCCGAAUGAAAGACGAACACCCAGAGCGAUGGCGUAUGGAAUCAGCUGGAGCGCUGGUUAUGAUUAAACUAGUAGUAGUAGUAGUAGCUGUGCUCUGUUCUUGUUUGCUUGCCAUGCCAGUUGCCAAGAAAUGGCAUUGAUCUUCCGACCUCAACGGGAUGCGUGUGCAACUGCGUGUGGGUUGCAGCAUCUUUGUCAUGGCAUGGGGUUUAGGAAAGUGGCAAGUCGCUUGGUAGUAGUCAGUAGUGGUACUGUAACUCGGAUGUACUAAGAUAGAACCUUCUUGCUUCUCAUCAGUCUCGA